CUUCUCGAGCCUCACCUGCGCCUCAUAUCCCCCCAUCGAUCGCGCCACUCUGCGCAUAAUAAUCUACACUCAUUCUACCUGUCUCACCUUAAUUACCCACCAUGCCAUUCACGCCCAUACAGACAUUCGUCGGCGGCCUGCUUCUGCACGUCUCCACGAGCGGGCUGAUGACCGAGACCGGCCGUGUGCUCGGCAUCUCGGGGGUCACCGACGGCGCGCUGCUGGGCGACCACGCGCGGUGGCGCUGGGCGAUCCUCGCCGGCCUCGUCUCCGGCCCGGCGCUUGUAGCAGCGGCAGGCCUUGCCCCCGCCCUCCCGCCUAACGGCUUAGAAUUGUGGGCAGCAGCGCCAGCCGGGCGCCUCGCGCUCGCCGGUGCCAUGAUCGGCUUCGGAGCCAAGCUCGGAUCAGGGUGUACGUCCGGCCACUUCUUGUGCGGGGCGAGCCGGCUCUCGCCGCGCUCCCUCGUCGCGACGGCGACGUUCAUGGCCUCCGCCGUCGCAGUCGCAAAGCUUGUGCCGGCAGGAUACCUCGUCGACGCCGUGCCGGCGUGGGCGCCAUCCUACCCCGCGACGGCGGCAUUGCCGGCGCUCGGCGGCCUCCUCCUCGCGGCCGUGCUGGCGCACAACGCCCUCGCCGCCCUCCUCCCCAAAGCUUGCCGACCCAGCACACCACCCUCCGAAGCAGAGAGCUGCUACUCCCCCGCCCAGCUCCUACCCUACCUCCUCUCUGGCCUGACCUUCUCGCUCGGCCUCAUCGUGUCCGGCAUGGUAUCCCCGCUCAAAGUGAUGGGUUUCCUCCGCCUCCCGCCCCCACUGGACGCAUGGGACCCGUCGCUCGCCAUGAUCGUGGUCGGUGGCGUCAUCCCAAACAUGAUCCAGUGGAUGGCGCUGCAGACGCGCACGGCAGGCGCGCCCAAGCCUCUCUUUGCAUGGGAGAAGUGGCACGUGCCUUCGCGCCGCGACAUCACGCCGCGUCUCGUCCUCGGCGCACUCGUCUUCGGCGCCGGAUGGGGGCUCGGCGGCGUAUGCCCCGGCCCCGCGGUCGUCACGGGCGGCCAGCUCGCCGUCGACGCCCUGCGCGGCGUGGAUGUGCGCGCUCCCCUCGUGGGGUGGGCGAGCUACAUCGUCAACAUGGGUCUCGGGUUCGUCGCCGCGCGCGCCGUCGAGGCUCGUCUCUAGCGUCGCUUUGCAUCUAGAUCGCCAUAUACGUAGACUACACUGUAAAUUAAUCAAUGCAUUUU